AUGGGCAUCGGCAACGCCAUCAACGCCUGCGCCCACCUCAACAACGUCGCCAACGCCCGCCUCGGCCUGACCUCGCUGCCGGCGACAAAGGUGAACCUCGCGCUGGCGCUGGCGCUGCACCGCGCGGGCUUCAUCUCCUCGGUGCACCGCGGCGGGCCCCAGCCGCCGACGCCCCAGGAGCUCGCCGCGCCGCCGGCGCCCCGCGACGCACGCCAACGCCGCGACGCGCCGCCUCUGGCUCGGCAUGAACCCAAGCGGCCCAUCCACAUCAAGGCCAUCGACCUGCACCGCGUCGUCCGCGGCUUCGCCAGCAAGGACGGCCUCGUCAAGGGCCUCCAGCUCGGCGAGUGCAUCUUCCUCAUGACCGACCAGGGCAUGAUGGAGGGCCGCGAGGCCUUGAGCAGGAAUAUGGGCGGCAUUGUGCUCUGUCGUGCUCGCUAA